AUGAUGACGAUGAUGAACGAGGACUUGGAACUGGAUUGGGAAGACAUCGGUGACCAUGAAGACUGGACGCUGGAUAACGAGGAUGGUGAAGCGUCUAACAGUCGUCGUAAGCUUGAGGAACAUGUCAAGCAGAAGGUACGAGUGCAUCGUGCAAAGCAUUCAAAGCGCCGCUUUGUAGAUCGCAUCCGUGUCAAAGCGACUGGUGGUCACGGAGGGAAUGGCUGCGCCAGCUUUUUUUCCGAGUCCACGAUGCGCAAACGUCCGAAUGGUGGACACGGUGGUGCUGGAGGUGACGUUGUGAUUGAGGCCAAUGAUAAAAUUCCGAACUUGGGAAAUGCUAUACACCACUACAAGGGAGGAGCUGGAACCAAUGGCAUGCCAAAUGAUUCUGCUGGUAAAAGAGGCAAACAUCUUUAUGUCAAGGUACCGUGCGGCACGCUUAUUAAGCGUGUGGAGCGCUACGAACGCGAGUUGGAAAAUGGCGAGUUUGAGGUUGUAGACAGCAUGAAAAUUGUAGCUGAUCUGGAUAAAUCUGGUGCCACGUUCUUAGCUGCAAAAGGAGGCAAGCCAGGACUAGGAAAUCGUAUUUUAGCAGGCAAAACGACGAAUUUUGGUCGACUGCGCAAGCACAUGCCUGAGAACAAAACCGUCGGUCAACCGGGCACUUCCCAAUACUAUGAGUUGGAACUCAAGACCAUUGCCGAUGUGGGGCUUGUGGGUUAUCCAAAUGCUGGCAAAUCCACGUUGCUGAGUGUGCUGAGUCACGCUACACCUGAGAUUGCCCCUUACCCGUUUACAACGCUUCAUCCGUACGUGGGAAUCGUGGAAUUUCCGGAUACGUUCCGGUUGAGCGUGGCUGACAUCCCCGGUCUUAUUGAUGGAGCGCACCGCAACGUCGGUCUUGGCCAUGACUUCUUGCGUCACAUUGAGCGUACGAAAAUUUUAAUGUACGUGCUUGAUACGGCGGGCUCAGAAGGGCGCGAUCCGCUAGAGGACUUUUGUCACCUUCAAAGAGAGCUGGAGCUGUACGCCCCAGGUAUUUCGUCGCGCCCUUCUCUUAUUGUUGCUAACAAGAUGGAUGAGGACGGCGCUGAAGAUAACUUUCAUAGGUUGCAUCAGUCCACCGAUCUUGCUGUGCUUCCAAUCAGUGCCCUUCACAAGGUCGACGUUGAUACAAUCGCCUGCACACUGCGCUGGAUGAUCGAGAGUUAUAGCAAGCUUACCAAGUCUACGUAG